AUGGCCUGGAAGGAUAUUCCCCCUGUGCCGACGGCACAGGAGUUCAUCGACAUUGUCCUCUCACGCACGCAGAGACGAUUGCCCACUCAGAUUAGCAGAAUCCGGGCCUUCUAUACCCGCAAGGUCAAGUUCACGCAGGAGACAUGCAGCGAAAAGCUCGGCCAGAUCGUCUCGAGCUUCCCCGUGCUGACGGACCAACACCCCUUCCACCGCGACCUGAUGAACAUUCUCUACGAUGCCGACCAUUUCAAGGUGGCUCUUGGCCAGGUCUCGACAGCGAAGCACCUGAUCGAGACGAUUUCUCGAGAUUACGUUCGACUGCUGAAGUACUCGCAAAGUCUGUUCCAGUGCAAGCAGCUUAAGAGGGCCGCUCUUGGUCGUAUGGCCACUCUCAUCAAGCGGUUAAAAGAUCCCCUUCAGUAUCUCGACCAGGUUCGCCAGCACCUGGCGAGGUUGCCUGACAUCAACCCAACCACACGCACCCUGCUGGUAGCUGGCUUCCCGAACGUCGGCAAGAGCUCCUUCGUCCGGUCAGUGACGCGGGCUGAUACCCCGGUCGAGCCUUAUGCAUUCACAACGAAAAGCUUGUUCGUCGGUCAUCUCGACUACAAAUAUCUUCGAUAUCAAGUAAUAGACACGCCGGGGAUUCUCGACCACCCGCUAGAAGAGAUGAACACCAUCGAAAUGCAAAGCGUUACUGCCCUCGCGCAUCUCAGAGCCGCAAUCCUGUUCUUCAUCGACAUCAGCGAGCAAUGUGGCUACUCACUCAAGGCCCAAUGCAACCUCUUCAAGUCGAUUAAGCCGCUCUUUGCCAACAAGAUGGUAUUCGUCGUGCUCAACAAGAUGGACAUCAAGACCUUCGAGGAGCUGGAGCCGGAGAUGCAGGCCGAGCUGCAGGAUCUGACCAAGUCGGGCGACGUCGAGCUGCUACGUGCUUCGUGCGCCACGCAAGACGGUGUACAGGACGUCAAGAACCUCGUUUGCGAGCGGCUGCUAGCUGAGCGGGUAUCUCAGAAGCUCAAGGCUGGCACCGCGAGCAACGGUGCGCUUGGGUCCCGCCUGACUGAAGUCAUGGCUCGCAUCCACGUGGCCCAGCCGAUGGGCGGCGUCACGAGGGAAACGUUCAUCCCCGAGGCCGUCAAGAGCCUGAAGAAGUACGACAAGAACGACCCGGAGAGAAGGAUCCUGGCACGGGAUAUCGAGGAAGCCAACGGCGGGCCUGGUGUCUACAACGUCGAUCUCAGGAAAGACUACAUCCUGGACGACCCGUCGUGGAAGUACGACAAGAUCCCGGAGAUCUUCGACGGCAAGAACGUGUACGACUUCAUCGAUCCCGAUAUCGAGGCCAAGAUGGCGGCGCUCGAGGAGGAGGAAGAGAGGCUGGAGAGGGAAGGCUUCUACGAGUCGGACGAGGACAUUGACGACGAGGACGAGGCCGAAAUCCUGGAGCAGGCCGAGUACAUCCGCGAGAAGCAACAGCUGAUCCGCAACGAGGCCAAGAUGCGCAAGUCGCUCAAGAACCGCGCCAUCAUCCCGCGCAAGGCGCAGAAGAAGCCGUUCUCGCAGCUCGAGGACCACCUCGACCAGCUCGGCGUCGACACCGAGGCCAUCAACCUGCGGGGGCGGGCCAAGGACCUGCAGCCGUCCCGCGGGCGGUCGGUCGCGCGCAGCCGCACCGGCACGGCCGACCCGGACGCCAUGGACGUGGACACGGAGAUGACGCCCAGGGAGCGCCUGCGGUCGCGCAGCCGCGCCCGCUCGGUGGCGGCCACCAACCGCCGCGAGGACGGCGUGCAGAACGAGACGGCCCGCACAAAGGCCGAGCGCCAGGCCAAGCUCAGCCAGCGCAAGAUGAACCGCAUGGCCCGCCAGGGCGAGGCCGACCGCCACAUUGCCGCCACCAUGCCGAAGCACUUGUUCUCGGGCAAGCGCACCAUCGGCAAGACUUCUCGUCGCUGAGCGGUAUUUUUGGGUUGGGUGGCAACGCGAUUUUUCGUGCGUGGUGCAUGUAUGGAGCAGGAAGGGCUAUGCUCAGAGCAGGAGGCUAUGCCACAUCCCGAGAAGGCACUUUUGCGGGAAUGGGUGCUAGGUCCCUGUCGUGCUGGCACUCCUUAGUUAUUUCAUGUCAUGUGUGGCCUGACUGACCACGAUGGUUGCGCGAAGAGGUGGCGGGGGCUGGUGGUGGUGAUAUGGAAGGAAGGGGAAAGGAGGGAGAAACCAGAACUGAAAAUACCCUCCAUGAUGUUCGUUCAGUUGUGUUCAAUUUGGCUGUUGAUUAGCUGCCGUGCUUCUUGCGUUUUGGGAGAAUGGGAGAGCACUUUUCUGACUUGCUGUCUCGCUGAG